AUAGCAGUCUCUCUUCGUCGUCUGGACAAGCAGACAUUUCUAUAAACAUGUUUUUCAAGGUGGCUCUUAUGGUAGCGAUGGCGGGCGCGACUUUGGCCUUUCCCUCCGAUCCUUAUGGUCCUCCACACCCAGUAUAUAAGGAUGAACCCAUGCCAUAUAAUUAUGCCUAUGCAGUUAACGACCAUUAUGCAGGAACUGACUUUGGUCACAAUGAAAACUCUGACGGUAAUAUUGUCAAGGGAUCCUACACCGUCCAGCUUCCCGACGGCCGCAAACAGACGGUGAGCUACGUAGCCGACCACUACAACGGCUACCAGGCUGACGUCAGCUACUACGGCGAGGCUCAGUACCCCCGCGAGUACGGUCCCCCUAUCACUUUCCCGCCCCAGCAUCCCUACAAGCCUCAGCCUUCUUACCACUGAUUGUUGUUGAUUGUUGCACUUGUUCCUAGUCACUGUUUUGUCCCUGAAUAUUAAUAAGAUGUUUUCAUGUUCAC